UAACAGAAGAAACGGUCAAGAAACGGUCCACAACGAGUCAUUACACCGGUCAGAUCUGCCAACGCACCUUAAAAAUCCAAAACGGACCCAAUCCAAGUUCCAACACAACCGGCCCCUCCCCAAUAGUAUCACAUCACAUUGUUAACAACCAUAACACCAUCAAACCUUUCCCCGUGACAAGAAAAAUCAUUUUAGCUUGCCCGGUACUUAAGCCUACACGAAUCCACAAAAAGACUCACACUUGCCUCAAACAAAAAUGGGUCUCUCCAACCUUGCCAAUAAGAAUCUCCAGCGAGUUCCUCCCAGGCCCCCCUCGCCCACUGAACCUCGCAUCACCCUUUCAAUCCAGCAUCGACAAAAUGCCUGAAGUAUCUGCAGAAGUGAAAGGGCAAAUUAUGACAACAUGGAUUGAACUCCUCGACAAGGAUCCCAGCACAGCGGCAGCAGCCUGGUGUGACCUCAAUGAAGAGCUCAUCGCCAAUGGAGACGAAGACAAGCUCGGCCCAACACUCAUGCUGGUCAACACAGGACAACACAACUUCGACAUUCUCAGCUGCCUCACCCGGGCCCCGACCCAUGCCGAAAUCCGAGGCGCCUCGGCCACGGCAUCCAUCCUUGGAGCAGGAAAGUUUAUUGCCAUUCUCGGCACUCGCGGCGCCAAACCCGACGACGAAGACAAGUGGCUCAUAGCUCCCGUGGACCCGGAAGACACUUUCAAACUGCGCUCCCACAAACUUUCCACCUGGGACGACAUACCAGAACCCGACGCAACUGACACCCGCGACUCAAACAAAGGUUUGGAGGCCACAGAUGAAACCACCACUGAGUACUACCCUAUCCUUCCACUCAUAGGAAAAGAUGUCUGCCAACUCGUGCAUGACGGCCUCUGCUAUGACAAACCCACCGAAGAAACAGACAAAUGGAACCCCUUUGUCCACCGCCCAGAAACUCAAACCGUACCUCGACGACAUCAACUUCCCCGAUGACACCACGAAACAGAAAGUCCACAGCAUUCUCCUUGGUCUGACAACCGCAUCCUCAAACCAAAAAGAAUGC